AUAGAUAGAUAGAUAGAUAGAUAGAUAGAUAGAUAGAUAGAUAGAUAGAUAGAUAGAUAGAAGACUCUAAACAGAAGUUUGAAUGUUAAAACACGUUUUUAAGACAAUAAACCCUGGUUGAGUGUCUUUUUUUCUCUCGGUUGACUCCUGAAAGGGUCUGCGUGUUUCUCUGUGGAGCUGAGCUGCACUGAUCAACUGCCGCUAGAGGGGGAAAACAAAAAGUAUUUCAUUCACAUCUGGAGGAAGAGGAGCUCAGCGCAGGGAUGCGCGCGUCGCACGAGCUCAGGGCGCAUCUUCAGGAGAGAUACUACUUUUAUAAAAGAAGAGACUGGACAACAGAAUUCAGAUGGAAUCAAAUAAAUCAGAAGAGAAGUAAGAUUGAAGGAAGUUGGGAAAGAGCUUGACCCAGAACAGCGAGUAAGGGGUGAAGGAUGGCGGAAAGAAACAAAUCUGUCUUGGUGGUAACGUGGACACAAGGCCAGCCAUUAGAGAGCCCUCAGAACCCUCUUGUGGCAAACUACGACAUUCCUCUGGAUUACGACGUUCCCCUAGACGAGAUCCCGGACACGACUCAGGGCAGAGCCUUUUUCGUAGCCACCAUCAUCAUCGCUGCGGUUCUGGUCAGCAUCAUGCUGGUCUGCGGGAUUGGGAAUUGCCUCUUCAUCGCUACUUUAGCUCGGUACAAAAAACUGCGCAACAUCACCAACCUGCUGAUCGCUAACCUGGCAGUGUCGGAUUUCCUGGUGGCGGUGGUGUGCUGCCCCUUCCUGGUGGAUUACUACGUGGUUAAGCAGCUUUCCUGGGACCAUGGGAUCAUCCUGUGCGUUUCUAUAAACUACCUGAGGACAGUGUCUCUUUACGUGUCCACAAACGCCCUGCUGGCCAUCGCUGUGGACAGGUACCUGGCCAUUGUGCAUCCCCUGAAGCCUCGGAUGAAGUACCAGACCGCCUACUGGCUCAUAUUCGGGGUCUGGAUCGUCCCCAUCCUGAUCUCCGUCCCCUCGGCAUACUUCGCCACGGAACAGGAGUACCCUCAUGGCUCCGUCUCCCACGGCAACAAGAUCUUCUGCGCCCAGAUCUGGACCGCAGACCAGCAGCUGCUCUACCGCACCUAUUUCUUGUUCGUUCUGGUCGUGGAGUUCCUGGUGCCAGUGGUGGUCAUGGCAGUCUGCUACACCCGCAUUUCGCUCGAAUUGUGGUUCAAGAAAGUCCCAGGCUUUCCUACUGAGCAGCUCCAGCGGAGGCUGCGGCGACGACGCCAGACCGUCGUAGUCCUGAUCGCAGUUCUGGUAGCCUAUGUGAUGUGCUGGGCGCCGUACUACGGCUUCGCCAUCUUGCGGGACUUUUACCCCGCACUGAUUACGCGGGAACGCAAUUCGUUGGUGGCGUUCUACAUCAUCGAAUGCAUCGCCAUGAGCAACGGGGUCAUCAACACCCUGUGCUUUGUGAGUGUAAAGAACAAUGCCGCCAAGUGUUUCAAGGGAAUGAAACUUGCACAAUGGCAUGGCACCUCAAGGACUAACAUUGCCAUGUGCAAGAUGGCGGAUGAGGGUGACAUGAGGACUUCCUCACUUAGAGUGACCGAACAAGUGUAAUGUAUGCGGUAGGGAAGGGCUUGAACAGAGGAAUGUAGGAAUGGCACCACAAGAACCAACUUUGGUAGUGCAAGAUGGUAGGGCACCACAAGGACAAUUGCUACUAUGUGAAACAUAGUGGAUAAGGGUGACAUUAGGACUUCCUCAGUAAAAGAGAGUGGAAUAAACGUGAAUAACAUGAAGGAAUUAAGGAAGUGCACUAUGGCAUGGCACCUCGAGGAUCAAUACUGGCAUGUGCAAGAUGGCAGACGAGGGUGAUAAGAGAGAAAUGUACAUGAAGAAGGUGAAGGUAUGGAAGGUUUGGUGCCAUAGUAGAGUACCUCAAAGACCAACAUUACCAUCUGCAAAAUGGCAUAGGAUCUCAAGGACCAACAUUGGCAUGGUGGCACAUUGGCACAACUUCUUCUCUUAGAAUUGUUGAACAAGUAGAAUUAAUGAGAAUACGGUAAAGGAACUAAAGGAUUUGUGCAGUGGCAUGGCAUCUUAGGGACUAACAUGUGCAAGAUUGCAGAUGACGGUGACAUGAGGACUUCCUCACUUAUAGUGACCUAAUAAGUGGAAUGGAUGUGAAUAAGGCGAAGGUAUGGAAGGCCUUGCACAGUGUAAUGGUAACUUGAGGAGCAACAUUGGCAUGUGAAGGAUGGCAUGGCACAUCAAGAACCAACAUUACUGCUGUGGUAAACCCCCUAUAAAACCCCACCAUAUCCCUGUCCAACUCGUUUUCCCAAGUAGAUACAGAAGCUUUUUUUUAUUCACACUUUAACAAAUUCAGAGUUAUUGAUGCGCCCUUAUAGUGCUCAACACAAGCUAAGGUGUUGUAUGGUGGCAGGGGAAUUUUUAAAAACGCAUACAAGAAUGCUGUACUGGAAGAAAUUGUCCAGGGUCACAAAAGCAGAUACUUUUAUUGGGUUUAGCUACUGAGUUCACCCAACGAAAAUCUGUACAGAUUCGAGAGAUACCAUCAAGCUUAGACACUAACAAACACAGAGAAUUCCACUUCUGCCCUCACUUUACUGUGAUGCAAGUCCAGCAUCAACCAGUCAGCUUCUUCCUCACACAGGUAAUCUGCAGGAGUGAUAGAAAGAGAGAGAGUAAUGGAGAGCGCGAGAGCGAGGUAGCUCAGAAAGUGAAACCGACAAAGGAGAAAACUUAGUUUGUGUAUCCAAAAGAGACCAAACACAACAGAUUACAUAUUUAAUCACUAAAUAGCAGUACUUUAAACGAUUAAACAACGUUCAGGUAUUUAAAUGCCAUUUAAAUCUCAUUUUCUGCUGUUUCUAUAGAUAAUAAAAAUAAUCG